CUUUGCUGGAGUAGAGGAGCUCAGCUCAUCGAAUCUGGCAAGAUGACGCAUCUUUUGCCACAUGAAUUGAGGCAAUUAAAACGGCCCAAACUUGGACCCCCUGGCUAUUAUCCUCAGGAUCCGAAACAGAAAGAGGAUGAGCUGACAACUGUAAAUGUGAAGCAAGGUUUCAUCAAUGGACCUCCUCACAGUCUCUCAAAUGAGUACGGGACAGGAAAAAACUGCAACAUCUACAAAAAUAAGUUUGGUGUCUAUUUUAGUGCAAUAGUAGCGGAGAAGCAGAAACUCAACACGUUUCAAGAUACAGGGAAGAAAAGACAGCCAAUAUCCAAAGACAACUUCUUUCUGGUUGCAGCCAACAAAUCUAAAGGUCAGGUACAGUCAUGGUUUCAUGACCUUGCUGGGAAUAAAUCUCUUAAUCAACUCACAAAGAAGGUACCAGUGUUCCAUCGCAAGGAGGACAUCUUCAUGACACUAUGUGAGAACAACAUGCCCAUGAUUCGAGCUGCCUGGUAUCUGAAGAUGAUGGCCGCCAACCAGGCUGCCAUCCAGGAGACCAAGAUGAAGAAGAGACAACCCAAUGAUCCCUCACAAGACUGGUGUCUGAUCAUCACCAAGUUCUUGAAGAGCCAGCUGGACAAGAUCGUGGAGUACAACAACACAGCCUCCCUGGUCUCCGCCCAGCAGGCGGCGUCGGCGAACACUAAGCAGUCGUCAUCGUCGACCACCUCGUCCAUGCUAGGAGGCGGGAUGGGGUCCAUGGGCAUGGGGUCGGGCACCAUGGGGGGCAGCACCAUCGAGCUGGAGAAGUGCGUCAAGCUGUGGCAGUAUACCACAGAGUUGGCCAGAUACCUGUAUCAGGAAGGGAUGUUGGAAUGCCAUGACUAUCUCUCAUGGCUGGUUGACACUUUAGAGAAGGUUAACACCAACGAUGACAGCACUCUGCGAUUCCUUCUCCCAUUCGUUGUCCAGUAUUUGGAAGAGUUUCUGAAGAGUCAGAUGCUAUCCCGCCGUCUUGCCUACGUCUGUGCUCGUCGUCUAAUGUCCAUGUGCUCUGAAACUAGACCGCAUUCACCUCACCUCAAUACUUCAAGCAAUGUCCAGUUACCGCCGAACACACCGCCUCAUUCCCAGCAUGCUCUGGCCAGCAUCCUGGCAGAGUUCCGCAGCUGCCCUCAGCACCACUCCAUCAUCCUUGGUCUGAGCUGCGUCCUGCAAGCCAUCACCUUGCGCUGCCCGAGUGCCCUGGUAUGGAUCAACCUGGGUGAGAGCAAGAACUACAGCGUACCUGGUUCGCCCUUGGACAUCCUGCCGUGUCCUCCGUCCCUCCUGCCCCUUCCUGGCAGUGUGUCCAUGCAGAACCACCAGAUUCGGAGCAGCAUUCGGCAGGCAGAAAACCAGAUCAAAAUGAGGAGUAGGAGAGCAGAAGUGAGAUGGUCUUCAGAUAAAUGCCAAGAAUCUGCAGCUGGUCACACAAUAUCAAGAGUGCUACAGACCCUUGAAGUAUUGGACAGACAUUGUUUUGAUCGCUGCGAUGCUAGCAACUCAAUAGAUGCUCUCUACAACAAGAUAUUUCUCAAUAGUCAGAAGCAAGAAGCACCCGAGCCUCUGCAGAGUGAUGAUCCCAUAGUGCUACUGCUUUGCCAGUGGGCAGUGUGCCCAGAGAGGACCAGCGAACAUAGAGCUCUCGUAGUGGCUCAGCUCCUGGAGAAAUAUGUCAUCGACAUGGAGGCAGAGAAAAUGGCUGAAAUGGAGGUAAUGGAAGACAAAGAGAUGGCACCAAUCUCCCCCAUGCCUACUGCAUCAACUAUCCCUGUGUUUCAGGUCCUCCUUCAACAUUUCCUGGAUAUAAGAGCUCCUGUGAUUGAUGACACCUCCUCCUCGGCUGACGACAAAAAGGCCUUUGCCAACCUGAUCCUUCUCUUUGGUGAGCUGAUCCGAUGCGAGGUCUUCUCCCACGACUCCUACAUGUGCACCCUCAUCUCCAGGGGUGACCUGACCACCGUUCCUACCCAGGCUCAGACGGGGGCGUUUGUCGGGGGUCCAGGCAGCCAGCGUAAUGAUAGAGGUGCCGGGGAUAAGAACGAGGCCAAGGAUGAUGGAGAAGAAAAACAGGACUCCUCUGACAAUGAGGAUUAUGGUUACCUUGACGACAAACCCCCUCCUGCACCUGCCCCGCCCCCUCGCAAGGAGUCUACCUCCUUCCAGGAAAAAUUCCUAGAGUCCAUCCAAUCCAAGUCAGACUCUCAGUCGGACAUCUCUGAUGACGAGAAGGACAGCCCCAUGGACGGUGAGAAGAGCGACGAGGAGAAGAAAUCUGACAUGGACUACAGGUCACCAUCUCCAGAGGCACCCCGUGUCAAUCGGCAUCAGCUCUACGUGAAGCACUUCCCCAUCUCGACCGAAGAUAGCUCCGCGUACCACGAGAGCAACCAGCGCUCGGUGCUCCUCUACGGAUUCGGUCGCGCCCGCACGGAGGCAAGGCAACAGGUCAAACACGUCCAGAAGGACCUGCUGAAGAUUCUGACCCAAGGAGGGGGCAAAGGUGAAGUGUCAAAGGGCAAGAAGGUGUCCAAGUUGGACGAGCCGACGGUCAACAAGGAAGAGACGAUGCAGAGGUUUCUUGCCCUGUGUUACUUUGAUCAGCACAUGGUGACGGGGUCUUGUGCAAACGGGGUCCUGGAUCAGGUGCAGGCAUUCAGUAUGGGCAAUAGAGACACGCCACCCACCUUUGACCAGGUUACACUCGUCUUUGAACUCCUGGAGAAUGCACUCAACAUCAAUGGCUUGCUGGAAUUUGCUGUCAAGAUGUUAUCCCACAUGAGUCGUGUAGAGCAUGAGUUAAUGAGGAGGAAGUCCCCUCAGAGUGGGACGUACUGUACAAACCUGUGUCUGACCAUCGUAGCCGUGCUGCGUCGCUUCCAGGCAUGUUUGCUGGUGUUCCCUGAACAGACAGCCACAGUCUUUGAACUGUUGUGUGGUGUCGUAAAGCAUGUGAGUAACGUGACUAACUGCACAUCAGCAGAACGCUGUAUCCUGGCCUACCUCUAUGACCUCUACACAUCAUGCAGUCAUCUCAAGUCCAAGUUUUCAGACUUGUUCAGCAGCGUGGCUAACAAGGUCAAGCAGGCUCUCUACACCAGCAUCACACCCUCUGAAUCUAACUCACGCUGGAACCAAGACUUCAUGCUAGAGUACAUAGAUAACCCUAGGGGUCGUGAGUUCAAGCAAUCCUCGCUGGGACGUCAGCUGAAUGAUAACCCAGGAGACAGAUACAGCUUUGUGUGCAAUGCCCUUCUUGCCAUCUGCAAUGCCAAUCCAGAAAAGUUGAAUAAUCUAUCUAUCAUGUGUGCUGAGUUGACUGCUAGCUGCACUACACUGAGUUCCGAGUGGCUAGGAGUACUCAAGGCUCUAUGUUGCUCCUCCAUACACAGCUGUGGGUUCAACGACCUUCUCUGCAAUGUUGAUGUGAGUGAUCUAUCGAUCCAUGACAACAUUGCAGUCUUCACCGCCAUCUUGAUCGCUAGGCAUUGCUUCUCUCUUGAAGAUGUCGUCGACCACGUUGCCCUCGCUUCCCUCAUCGCUGCCAAUCCUGGCAUCUCUGCAGGUGCAUCAAUAGCCGAUCCUGAUGCCGAGCCGGGGGCGCGGCUCAUGUGCCACCUACUCCUCUGCCUCUUUUGCACCUCUCAAGAGACCCCCACCUUACCCUCCACCGGCUCCUCCAGCACCAGCGGGGGUAAUAACCCCAACUCCGCCCCUGGCGAAGGGGAAGAGGCGUUGGAGGAGGAGGAGGGUGGAGCGGUUAGAUUCAUCAAGACAACGUGUGAUCGUCAUAUGCUGGACUCGUCCCAUAGCAGCAUCACAGUGGAUGCUCUGGUUGGGGUCCUGAAGGCUAUUCUGCUGCUAGGUGAUGCCGCUGUCGGGGGUGGUUCAUCCUCCAGCCUGUUCGGCUCUUUCGACGACUUCGGAGGCAGCGGGCGAGAAGGGGGCAACCAGGAGGAAGGGUUUGUCCAGGGGGGCAAGUCCUCGGGGAACAUGUCGACAGCCAGCUUGAGCAACUACGCCAAGUACACCCUCAAGACCAUCUGCAGUCAGAACUGGGUCAGAGAGACCUUCCUUAAAGACCAGGAGAAUCUAUGGACCAAUGAAGUGCUUCUAGAUCAGUAUCUCUCACAUAAACAGAUUCACUACCUUCUCCAGCUGAUCUGCUACCCAAGUGGGACGUCUACCAUCGGAGAUGGAGGCUCAGACGCUGAUCAGAAGACUAUCAUCACUCGUAUACUCAAGAACCUGAACCAGUGGACCUUAAGGGUUUCCUGGCUGGAGCUCCAGCUCAUGCUCAAGCAGUGCCCCUCAGCCUCCGAGAACAACGCCCUCUUGGAGAACAUCGCCAAGGCAACCAUUGAGGUGUUCCAGUUGACCCCCGAGGAGGAACAAAGCUCAAACAAAGGAGGAUCAAGCAGUGGUAAUAGUAGCAGACGGAGCUCAGGAGCAAACCAGAAAGGGGCGCACGAUUCAAAAUCUGACCCAGCUAACAGCAGUGUGUGGUUAGUCGCCCCGCUGAUCUCGAAACUGCCCAGUUCGGUCCAGGGACGGGUGCUGAAGCAAGCCGGGAACAUCCUGGAGAGCGUUGGUCAGACCUGGACCUCCAAGCCAUCAAGCAAAGAUAAGGAUAAACAGGGCCAAAGAAGCCAAGCAUCAACGGUCAGUCACCAGCCUUUGCUUUCUCUGGUGUUGACCUGCCUUAAGGGUCAAGACGAACAGAGGGAAGGUCUCCUCACAUCCUUGCAGACUCAGCUAACACAGUUCCUACAGUCCCCAAAAGAUGACCGCUGGGAGGACCCUAAAAGCAGAAGACUAAUGCACGAAGCUCUGCAACUCCGACUCAGUUUGGUUGGGAAUAUGUUUGAUACGAUUAUGAGGAGUAGUCUAACAUGGACCACAGAGUUUGCUCUUCUCUUACUCCAACUCAUCACCACGGGAACAGUGGAUACACAUACCAACAAUGAGCUGUUCACUACCGUCCUGGACAUGUUAUCAGUUCUCAUCAAUAGUACCUUGUCAUCCGAUGCUAGCGGGAGCCCUGGUGCAGGGGAGGAGAAGGGACGAUCGCACCAGGCUCUUAUCAAGAAACUCAAGAAAGAGGUUGGUGACAAGCAUUCAGAUGGGAUCAACCUGGUCCGUCAGCUCCUACCAGUCCCUAGGAAGACCAUCGAGGUCAUCACCUGUGAACCCAUGGGAAGCCUCAUUGACACCAAAGGCAAUAAGAUCACUGGCUUUGACUCCAUUGAUAAGAAACAGGGCUUGCAAGUAUCAGCUAAGCAGAAGAUCAACCCCUGGGACACCUUGGAGAUCCUCAAGAAUCCUGCCCCACUUUCAUGGGCGUGGUUUGGUGGUAUCCGCAUGGAGAGGAAACCCCUCAUGUACCAGGAGCAGUACCGGCUUACACUCUAUCACUCACAUAACCAGGUCAAAAACGACAGCCACUACUUCGACCCGCCCCAAGUCCCACCCGACGAGGAGGAGCCUCCGCCCCCAAUCAACCUGGAGGCGGAGAAACCCGCCCAGGAGAUGGACACCAGCCAAUCAGAUAUCAAGGUGGGCGUGGUCAUACCGGUAGAGGGCUCCAAGGAGACGACCAACAAGAAGGGGAAGAAGAGGACAAACCGCAAGAGACCUGCACCUACCCCAGCCCAAACUCCCAUGAGGGAGCAACCUUAUCCUUUCAACUCUGGAAUGAGUGGCUAUCCCGAUCGGAACUUUGUCCCGUCAGCCAUGUUACCACAGGGACAAGUGCCUUUCCAGCAGCCUCUGCCUCCAGCUGGUCCAAUCCGUCCCGAGAGGCCUCACAUGAUGCCGGGCAGUUCCAAGAUGGUCCUCAAAAAUCACCUCAUCGGGGCUAGGACUGCAGGACCCACUGCACAGAGUCAGAGAGAUGAGGGGUACGGUGGUUAUGGCAGUAAUAUUCUAAAGCCACUGUUAACUCAGAAGCUACUACGUGAUCAGAUCAAUCGUCGUCGUGGACCAGGAGGAAUUACACCGGAUAGCCAGAUGUCCAGCAUGGUUCAACCGGGGAACCAAUACGGCAACUACAACAGCAUGCCCAUGAUGGGCCAACAGGCGGGAAUGACCGCUGACCCUCACACCACCGGUCAGCCAUCGUCCAGCAUGGUGGGCAGUGGCUACAAUCAGCCGUUCUCGCACCCAGCCCAGCAGGGGGCCAGCCAGCCUCAACGCAUGAUGCCCGGGAUGAGCCAGCAGCAGUCUGGGCCUAACCAGAUGGGCUAUCCCCCUCAGCAGCAUCAACCAAUGCAUGCUACCAGAGCCAGCAGGUUACAGCACCAGAUCCACCAACAUCGCCAGAUGCACCAGGGCAUGCAGCAGCCCCAGCAGCACCCCACCGGUCCCGCCGGCCAGGGGACGUACAUGAGCCACCAGAUGCUACCCCAAGACCAGCAGCAGCAGCAGCAGAGGGGUCAGCAGCAGCUCUUGCAACAGCAGCAGCAACAACAGCAACAGCAGCAACAGCAGCAACGGAUGAUGGCCCUGAGGCAGCAACAGCAACAGAUGCAGGGUCAGGUGCCCAUGUCGGGGUCAAGUAUGAUACCGGGCAUGCAGGGUCAGAUGGGUCCAGGAAGGCCUGCAAACACCAUGAAUCAAAGGGGCCACAAUACCUACACACAUUAUUGAAGAGGACGCUACUGUGGACGCUACUGAAUCUUUGCAGUCUAGAUUUGACCUUGCGAUUUGUUGAAGAAGGCCUGUAAAGAAUUGAUGUGGACGCUUCUGAAUCUUCGCAGUCUAGAUUUGACCUUGCGAUUUGUUGAAGAAGGCCUGUAAAGAAUCGAUGUGGAUGCUACUGAAUCUUUGCAGUCUAGAGUUGACCUUGCAAUUUGUUGAAGGAGGCCUGUAAAGAAUUGAUGUGGACGCUACUGAAUCUUUGCAGUCUAGAUUUGACCUUGCAAUUUGUUGAAGAAGGCCUGUAAAGAAUCGAUGUGGACGCUACUGAAUCUUUGCAGUCUAGAUUUGACCUUGCAAUUUGUUGAAGAAGGCCUGUAAGGAAUCGAUGUGGACGCUACUGAAUCUUUGCAGUCUAGAUUUGACCUUGCGAUUUGUUGAAGAAGGCCUGUAAAGAAUCAAUGUGGGCGCUACUGAAUCUUUGCAGUCUAGAUUUGACCUUGCGAUUUGUUGAAGAAGGCCUGUAAAGAAUCGCUGUGGACGCUACUGAAUCUUUGCAGUCUAGAUUUGACCCUUGUAAUUUGUUGAAGAAGGCCUGUAAAGAAUCGCUGUGGAUGCUACUGAAUCUUUGCAGUCUAGAUAUGACCUUGCAAUUUGUUCUCUGAGCCUGAAUUGAACCCAGUCACAAUACUCAUCAGUAAGGAAGGUGUUCAAAGGAUUAAUGUGGACACUGCUGACCUGUUUCAUGUUUAGACCAUUGAUUAGAACGUGGCCAUGAACCAAGGCUGUCGCAACGCAUGUAAGCAUUUUUGAGGAAGGCGGGGAGAGGAUAAAGGAAUUUAUUGUGGGCCAGGAAGGCUUUAAACCGAGGCCGUCAGAACAUGUAUCUGUAUGUGUAAUUUUUUUUUCUAAUGUACAUUUAGAUGCAACUGACCUUCUGCAGGUCUAGUCCAGAGCCUAUCUACAUGGGUCUACAAAGAGUGACAAUGACAAUGGAGGCUGCUUCAGAUUGAUUGGUUGGUUAAUUAGUUCAUGGAUCUUUGAA